GCACACACAUCAAAGGCUCUCCUUCUUCUUCUCCUCCUUCUUCUUCUUCUUCUCCUCCUGACUGCAGCUCUCACCGACGGCAGGUCCACUGGAUGGUGGAGCCAUUUCUUCUCCUGUCACACACAGGGAUCGGUGUCCGGUCUACAUUACGGGAUAUUAAACGGACAUAGUUCGAAUUUCAGCCGUCUACGUGGAGCCGUGUCGAGAUGAUGCACUGAGGAGAAACCUGCACAGGCUCCCCCGGUUGUGUUCAUCCUGAGGCUGCAGUGAACGGAGGAGGGAUUGCGGUAAAACAAGGUUAAUAAUCAGCAUCAAGAACGGUCUUCUCUUUGAGCGGGGACCGGCUUUAAAGCGUGAUUCUUGCCCCUGUGCGGGGGGAUCGGCGGAGAAUAUAGUUCUAUAACACAUUAUGGCCACCUUACUGCGGAAGAUCGGUCUGAUCCGCCUGCACGACCGAGACACCGAGGACCCAAAGCACCAUCAGGGCUCGCUAAAGGGGACCAAAGGGAACCAGAAAAACAACGCCAACAAACACUGUCAAACCGCCAACGAAACCAACAUCCUGAGCACCCCGGAGAUUAAAGCGAGGAAGCUGGACCAGCAAGGCAAGGACAAGCCGUCCGGCAAGGAUAAGCAGGGCAAGGAUGCGAAGGAGAAGCAGCAGACGGGAGGAGGCGGGAGUAAAGCGACCAGUGCCUCCUCGAUACCACCGCUGGCGCCUCACCGGCAACACUGCACCCAGGUCCGGACGCGGAGGCUGAUGAAGGAGCUACAGGAGAUCAGGAGGUUAGGGGACAACUUCAUCACGGUGGAGCUGGUGGAGGACAACCUGUAUGACUGGAACGUGAAGCUGCACCAGGUGGACAAGGACUCGGCGCUGUGGCAGGACAUGAAGGAGACCAGCACCGAGUUCAUACUGCUCAACGUCACCUUUCCCGAUAAUUUCCCCUUCUCGCCGCCCUUUAUGCGGGUCCUGACGCCGAGGUUGGAGAACGGCUACGUGCUGGACGGCGGGGCCAUAUGCAUGGAGCUGUUGACCCCCCGCGGAUGGUCCAGCGCCUACACGGUGGAGGCGGUCAUGAGGCAGUUUGCGGCCAGCCUCGUAAAAGGACAGGGGCGUAUAUGUAGGAAAGCAGGGAAGUCCAAGAAGGCUUUCAGCCGUAAGGAAGCCGAGGCCACCUUCAAGUCCCUGGUGAAGACCCACGAGAAGUACGGCUGGGUGUCCCCGCCCGUGUCCGACGGCUGAGUGCUCGGCCGCCGGCCCCCCGCCCCCCCGCGCUAGCCGGACGAAACCCAGCUAGCCCCGACACGCAAAACGACACACCACGCUAACUCAACAAUCUCCCAUCUUCACCUUCUGCUGUUUCACUCAAAGAGUUUUUUCUUAAUGGUUUUGUGUGUCUGUGUAAUUAUUUUUGGGAUUUUUUUCUUUUUGUCCUCAUCUCCACCAAAACUCUCGGAGAGCAGACACACCGCCAUCAUCAUCACUCCUCUACCAAGAAGCGACUUUCGUCCCCCCUCCCUCUCGCCCAGGGAGAUUCUUUCCCCCAUUUUGGAAAGACCUGAGAGGGAGGUGUGUGUGUGUGUGUGUGUGUGUGUGUGUGUGUGCAUAUGUGUGUGUGUGUGUUUGUCACUCCAUUGGACAUCAGCUGGGAGUGCGUGCACGUGCAUCGGAGUGUGCGUUAGCGUCGGUGGAUUUCUCUUGUUUUUUUUUCUUUGUCUUAACGCACACCCAUGCACGUACAGGAUAAAUCGGACAGUGUGGACUUUUCCACCCAUGUGAAAGACUACUGAAUAAAGGAGACUCAUCCCCCCUUUCUCCUGUCACCGCCGCCCCCCCAUCCCUCUCUCCCUCCUCCUCUCUACAGCACUGAACUUGCAUCACUUCCCACCGUCUCUCUCUGUAGCUGUCGGGUCAUUUACAUAUAAAUGAAGCUGUUAAUGUUUAAUAGACGGGGCAGCGCACUGGCGUUUAUACUCACUCAUUCACUCCUUCAUUUCCCCUUUCUUUCGACUGUGCCGCUGCGCACAGUUCAAUGCAACAAGAUUGUAAUUUACAUGGAGCUGUGCUCUCUCUCUCUCUCUCUUCUAUCUCUUUCUUUAGCUCGCUCGUUCACUUUCUUUCUCUUUCUUUCUCUCCGUCUCUUGUGGCUAAAUUUAGAGCUCACUGUUGCGUAGAUGGAAAUUGAUUUCUAAUGGAGAAAUAAAACGUCACAUGUUGCUUUAUGCAGAGACUAUGUAUGAUAAAUAGAAUGACAGUCAAUCACCUCUCUCUCUCUACUCUCAUGUUAUCGUGUGUGUGAGUGUGUGUGUGUGUGUGUGUGUAGGAGAGGAAGAAGACUGUAAUUCCCAUGAUUUAGAUACCAGAUGGUACAGCUGAAGGCCAGGCCUCAGUAUGUGUGUGUGUGUGUGUGUGUGUGAGGGAGAAAACCCUUUAAACAGAGAAGAAUAUGAUUUACUGUGAAUGACACUAAGGCCUAAAGGGAGUGCUGUUUUUUUUUUUUUUGGUUCUUUUUUUGCUGAAUAACUUGUCGCCGUCUUGUUCCACUUUCUAUGUCAGCUCCUGAUUAUUAGUACUGUAAACACGUGUGUGUGGCUGUGUCUGAAUAUCUCGUCUGUCUCUUUUCGAUCCAACUAAAGGUCAGCAGAAAUAAAAGCUUCGGAUGUUUCGCCGUUCUCUAGAUGCACACACACGCGGUAGCUCGCCGCCCCCCCACACACACUAACUGGUGCGAACACCUGCGGCCUCGGCGGUAGGUAACACCGAGAAAUGAAGACAGACAGGGAGCUCGGCGAGUGCCGCCGCGGAUGGAGUGGUGCUUUAAAUGAGCGUACGCUUCAGAGCCCGCCUGAUUGAUGUCUUCUGAAAGAAAGAGACCAGAGAGAGGAGGAGAAGAAGAACAGAGGGAGAGAGGAGGGAAUUGUGGGAGCUUUGAUCACUACCGCUGCUUCUGGAAAUGUCAGGUGGCUGGCAAAAUGGCCGAAGACAGAUAUUAUUCGCUCUACCUGCUGUGAUUACUUAAGAGAUUCACAGCUUCUGAGUUCCAACCUUUAGAAGGACUUUAUAAGUAACGGCUACAGCGACGUCAGUCUCAAUCAAUCGCCUACUAGCCACGGACGAUCUGUCCGUCCGAUCCGGUGGGCUCCUCGCGUGUUUGUUUUGCUAUCUGCCAGUUAAAUGUCAGAAGAAAGCUGCUAAUUGGUCUGACAUUUCGGCAGAGCGUCAUUAGAGAAGAGCAGCUGAGAGCAGAAGGAUGGAGGAUGUCAAACCUCCCGCACGGCGCUGACAUUUUGUCACUUCCCUCUUCCUGAACUGUGUUUUGGGGGAGGAGGAGAAGGAGGAGAGGGCUCACGGAGCAUUAGGGCGGAGGAGCAUCCCGGUGCCAGUCAGCUCUCAGCAGGGCCCGAACCGUAAUCCUGGAGCAGGAUGUUUAAACCUGAGCUGAGCUGAAGGGCCGAGCCGCGCGGCCAGCAUGCCGCGUCUUGGAAGCCGCCCUCGCGUCACGUCCGGGGUCGAUAACAAAUGUCCGUCUGUGUGUGAGCGCAUGUGUGAGCAAAUAUGUGUGCAACACUCCCAUUGUGAAAAAAAGGCAAAAGAGUAAAAAAAAAAUGAAUAAAAAAAACACCAUCUGGUAUGUGAUCAUGUACGAAAAGCGUGUUAGUCCUCUUUGAAUUUGGCUAGUCAUUUCAGGGUCGAUCGUAUAGUGAUCUCUCUCUCGGUGGAGAAAACUGUAAACUGAAUUAUUAUUAAGACAAAAUAUCUCAAAAGCUGAGUGUUUGCUGGUUUCCAGAGAAUAAUUUUGUGAUAUAGUUUAGAUUGGUAGUUUGCAGACACUAACUGGGUGAACUGAUUAUGUUGUAUUAUAUCUGCAUGUGAUAUGUGAUUGGUAGCUAGCUACUGUAUAUCUUUUUUCAAGAAAAGCAAGAAAAAAUAGGGGGAAAAACAAAAAUGCAAAUGCUUCUCUUUUCUUGUUUUGUUUUUUUUUCUUUUUGGGUUCUGUAUUGUAUGUAUAUUUCUUUUUCUUUUCAAGCGUCCUAAAAAAAAUGUCACAUUGUGUUAUAUGAAUGUUUGUGUUUUAAUUUAUUUGUGGUUUGCCAAAAUGAAGAUUUGAAGCAUGUUGCAGGUAUUGUCACAAGAAAACGAGAAGAAAAAAAAACUACUAAGAAUGAUAGCCUAUGUAUUUGUGUGAUGGGGGGAAGGUGUGUUUAUUUGGGGGGAUUUCAGGGAGUAAAGAAGGACAAAAGGUUGCGAAGCCUCAAGAUUAUAAAAGGGAGUAUUUUCGUCAUUGGGAGUGCAUCAAAGUGGGAUCAAGAAAAUUCCUACGCUCCCUUGAAUACUCCCUAGUCCCCUCCAUGAUGUCACUACUGUCCCUUCCCCAUUGGUCCUGCUCUAGACAGCGAUUUGGCUUAUGGGUAAUGCAGUCAACACAAAGAUCUGGACUGAAGUUUUCCCCCAGUCACAGAUCAAGGAUCAGUAUGACCUCCCUAUGCUUCAAAUCUCACUCGUAAAGGGAAUGUGCACAUCUGACCUGUGAUCAGUUACUCCGGGCGACUUUAUCCCACUCCUGACUUGAGUGUUUGGUCGAGACCGAGGUCUUAAAAGUUCAAAAGGUGAAAGGUCGUUGCAAGACCAAACAGGAAUGUGCAAUAAAAGUUACAGCUUAUUCAAACUCUG